CUUCGAGGCUACCAUAUACUGAGACGCGUACAAAUCGAACAGUCGAGUUGUGUUUUUGGUAUAACAUUGACGUUGUUGCGCCACUUGUGUGAAUCUACAAUUUUUCAAGGAAAAAGGAACUUACACAGCAAAGCCACAGCUAGAAGCGAAGAAGAAAAAAAAAACAUUUAAAAAAAUUCAAUCAGUAAACAGAAGAAAAAAUCUUGUGAAAACAACACACGCGCGACAAUCAGCUAAUGUAAACUUGAAGAAAAAAAAUAAUAAGAACAAAAAUCUACAAAGAAGAUACAAGUGAACGUGUGCAAUAAAUUAGAGCGUUUUUUUCUCUAAUUUUAUUUUUGUUGAAAAUUCAUUGUUGAAAUAACGCGUUUGAAUUGCGUGAGAAAUUUGGCGUUUUGUGUAUUAAGUUCUUGCUUAUCAACCGUUGUCGACAAGCAAAAGCCAAAACGUGGUCGAGUGCGAAAAAAUGUCGCUUAUAUAACGAAAAAAGAGAAACAAUUUAUUUUGUCACACACACAUCGAAUUUCGCGGGGACAAAAUUGAAUUUUGCAGUUUUCAGUGCAAUAGACGAAAUCGUUUGUGGUUGAUGAAUUUUUCAGAGUUGCCUGUUUACCACCAUAUUUCUAUACCAAUCAUUUUGCUUCACGCAUAAUUCCCACAAAAUUUCAAUAUAACGAUUGUCUCGACUAAGAAGUAAACUCCAAAAGUUCCCUUGACGUGAUUUUCAGAGAGCAUUUUUAGUGGCGCAGCAAAUACUAAAGCAAGAGCAAACCGACAUAAAUGAAAAACAAAACAAUUCAAACAUAAAAUCUCGUGUUUGACAUUCAAACAAUAUUUAAAAAAAAAAACAGGAAUAAAAAAGUUUUACAGUGAAAAAUAAAACGAAGUUUGUGCGCACACAAUCGUAAAUAUUACCGUAAGAGUGCAUGCGAAUAAUCGCAGAAGCCAUAGUUAAUACCAGUUGCAAAUUCAUAACCACAAGCAACACUUGUGAAAACACACAAAAAGGUUAUCACAAAAGUAUGUUUCUUCUUUUGUUCUGAUACGUGGACCAGCAGCGCAACAACAACGACGACAAAAUUGUUUUAUUUUUCAUUUGUUUCUCUCAUUGGAGGCACGGGGCCAUAUUAAACUAACUGCGACACAUACACAAGAGCACCCUUCAUUGCGAAGUUAUACAAAAUCGGCACGUUCACUAAAACGACGAAUGCAAUUUAGCCAUUGACCAACAUUGGGCAAUCAAAACGCGACAACACAAUCAAGGCAGGUGAAAGAAAAAAAAAUCAAGAAUUGAAGAAGAAGCAACAGCAAUCGAACCUGUCAAAAACGGAAAUAUUAAACCUCUCGGCUCAGUUUCAACAUCAUAUAUAAAACGUGCAUAUAGAACGUAUAUUUUCGCCGUUCAACAAAUCACAUACGGUUCGAUCUGGCUCGUGUUGUUCGUAUUCGUGGACAACGAAUCGAACAAGCGUUUCCGCAUCAGGAACAGAAAAAAAAUUGAUUCUUUGUCACGGUCUUUUUUUCGUCUUCUUCUUCUCCUCGGUGAAGCCCAUUCGUGCAUAAAAGUUAAUAAAAGUCGGGAUAAAGACGCAAAAAAUACAACAAACGGUAGAAAACGAAACGUAUCGAGAAAACACAUGCAUAUAUACAAAAUCCAAAAGAGCGAAUAGUGCACCAUUAGAUUGAAUAUCAAGUGAGAGUGAAACGUGUGAAAUAUACGAAAAUAUCAAGUGUUUGUGUGUGUACGCGCGCUCGUGGUGGUGUAUAUUCGUUACGAAAUAUAAAAGGAGGACUGGUUCGGUGCGUGUAUUCUUUCGGUUUUUCCCCGAAACACUCAGAGACUGUACAUAUAUUGGAGAUUUUUUUCGGUUUACGUUCAGCGAGCGCAAUUGUGUUUGUGUGCAACGGGAGAAAAGUUAAAUACAACAGAAAAGAGAAGAAAAAAAAAUGAACCGAAACCAAAACCGAAAUUAAGCUUGCGUUGUGAAAUUCACAACCAUAAAUGAACGAAUUAAUCCCACGAAACCAGCAAGAGUUAAACGAAAACUUAUGAGAGCAACGUGAAAGCAGUUUGUUGCUUGAAAAUUAAUUGACUGGAAAACGUCGAAAUCGAACGAAGAAGAAAACUCGAUCGAUUUUUAUUCUGGAAAAAAUACGACCAACAAAAAAAACUUAACACCCGAAAAUACACAUCGUUAUACCUUCAUGAUCGUCAGUUUCAGCGCUGCACUUUUGAUCAGUUUCAAUUUUUCCCUGGAACGCUAGCGAGAGACACACACGCGGACCACGUGCAUAACCGCUGCACCUCUCGCCAAAUUCAAAUUUUGCAACUAUUUUCAUUGCUGGACUGGUCUCAACGAAAAGAUAUCAAAAUGGGCAGCGAUUCACAAGAUAUUCAACAGCAUAUUGGGUGUGGCAGUGACAUUAAUUUAUCACAACUCACAUUGAACAUUAACACAACGACCGGUGGCAGUUUUUCCGUCAUUGUCGACAGCCAUACAAGGGUGGAAAAUCUCAAGAAAAUCGUCGCCAAAAAAUUGAAAGUGGCCAAAGAUCGAAUAUGUUUGCUGCAUCGAGAAAAAGAACUUCACGAUGGUACAUCGAUAAAAGAGAAUGGUAUUAUGGACGGAUCAAAAAUUAUUCUGUUGCCAAAUGUUGAGACUGGCCUUUUGGCACAACGUCCAGAGAAUACGGUGAUGCAAGCCUUGGAAUCGUUAAACGAUUCACAAGUGAAUGAUUUUCUGACCGGGAAAACGCCAUUGAAUUUAAGCAUGCGUUUGGGUGACCAUAUGAUGUUGAUCCAAUUACAAUUGAGCACCGUAAAUCCGACAAAUUCAAGUGCGUCUACCUCAGCCGGUUCAAGUGGAUCGGUGAAUUCAUCACGAACCCGCAGCAUAUUUCGUUCAAAGACUUCAUCGUCUGCACGGCCAUCGGUGUCGAUGGUCCAGCAAUCGUCCAGUACAAAUUCAACUCCAACUCGAUUCACAAAUGCCAAUCAUAUGUACAAAUCCUUGUCAUCAGAUCAAUUACCCGAAAAGUAUCGAACACGCCAUGAAACCCUAUCGCCGCAACCAUCGACCAGUCGCGCCACCGCUUCCGAACUGAUUGAAUCGAAGAAUGAAUUCGAAGAGCUUCGUACAGUCGUCAGUUCGCUUGAAAAGGAGAAAAUUGAAACUCAAACCAGCGCAUCAAUUAAUAACGGCGAUAUUGAUAUGGAGACCAGUUUGAUUAGCACCGAAGAGCUUCGUACAAUCGUCAGUUCGCUUGAAAAGGAGAAAAUUGAAACUAAAACCAGCGCAUCAAUUUAUAAAGGCGAUGUUGAUAUGGAUACCAGUUUGAUUAGCACCGAAGGUGAUGCCCUUUUGGAACAAUCACCAAUUAAGUCAUUGUCAAACUUGGUAUCUGGUCCGAUAAAAACUUCUUCGCUGAAACACAUUCCGAUGAGCACACCGACCGCCACUACCACCGCUAACACCACCAACACCACCAACACCAGCAACAAAAUUACCUCAUGCCUAUGUAAAUCCGUUGAGAACGGCAACACGUCUGCAUCGGGCUGUGAUACGAAUUGUCAAUAUUCACGAACUCGCCACCAGUUACAGCAUAAAAAGUAUGUCAAUCAUCCGGAACUGAAAACCGCCACACGAUCCUCAACACUGCUCCACAAAACCCUCAACAAUCCGAUUGCCAAGACAAAAUCAGCCGGAUUCCAAAGUAUCCAAAGCGCUCGGGCAGCCACCACCAGCGAUGCGUAUGCAACCAUUUUGCGUCGUUCGAAAAGCACUGGAAAUAUUUCGCAUGCCGAGCAGGGCAUUGCCGAAAUGGUUGCGGCGAAAUCAUUGCACAACGAGCUCAUUGAUACGACCGCGGGUAGCGCUGUUGAGACCAUAUCCGAUACGCUGGCCGAAGCAUCACGGAACUUAACAAAAACGUUGCGUAAAUUGUCGAAAGAAGUGUUCAGCAGCAAAGGCGAAACGUCAGCCAUUGCGGUGAGCGAGGAAAAGCGUGUCCAACGUCCAACCACCAACAAUACCACACCAACCAAUGCAAGCAGCGCCUUAUCUCAUCAGACCAGCAGUAGCAGCACUAGCAACACUAGCAGCAGCACUGUGGCUGGAUUUGGUUCGGGCGCUGUUAUUGAAUCGAUGCGUAACCACGGACGUGGCAUUUAUUCGGGCACGUUUUCGGGCACCCUGAAUCCUGCUCUACAAGAUCGAUACGGUCGACCGAAACGUGAUAUCUCCACGGUCAUUCAUAUCCUUAACGAUUUGCUCAGCGCAACACCCCACUACAGCCGCGGUGCUCGAAUCAGCUUCGAACCGGCUCACAGCUCACGCAAAUAUUCGUCAUCAUCGAAGCGAAUCAGCAGCAGUAGCGGAAGUGGCGGCAGCAUUCAGUCACAACGUGCACAUUGCUCGAAAUGUACAGCAUCGAGCAGCAGCAAAUCGGGUUGCAAUGCCGAUUGCCACAAAUCGUCCGGAUCGCAUCACCGCAAUACCAGUCGUCACAUUUAUGUUACCAAUGACUCAGCUCAGCCCACAACAUCAAAGUCAACAUCGUUGCCAACGACACCCGUUGCAGCAAACACAUUAAUCGAUUGCCGUCAAUGUCAAAUGCCAAUGAGCAAUUCGGCACCCGUAACGCCGACUGCAUCCCCAGACCAAUCGAUGAUUAGCUCGAACACAACAUUGGACACAUCUAAUUCAAACGCAUUCGAUUUUCAUAAUUCAACUGGCGAUUUAUCAAUGUCAUCCACAUUAUCGUCGUCAUCAUCAUCAGCGUUGUCGUCGUCGUCAUCACCGCUAUCGGCCAGUCAAGACGCCUCUGUCCAACUGAUCUGUACAAAGUGUAGCAAUAUGGAAAUUGAGAACAACAAAACCAAAACAAAAUUGGAUCAAUUGCGUUUGGUAAUGCAACAACGACGUGAACGACGUGAAGCCCGUAAAAUGCGUUCAGCACCGUAUGGUGGUCGAAUCAUUGGAGCAGCCCAAAACAAUACGAUUACCGCGAGCGCAACAAAUUCACCCAACUCAAAUGAUGGAUCAAAUGCCACCAAUGUUAUUCAGGCCACUGUUGAAGCCCCGCCGACCAAUCCAAUUGUUGAACAAGUCAAUACACUUGCUUAAAACUAAAAAAAAGGAACAUGAAAAUCAAUCGUCGUCAUUUUACGAUCUCAUCCGCUUCAAAACAAGCGACUUUAUGCCCAUAUGUCAGGAACUGUAUAAAUGAUUUAAAAACCACAACAACAACAACAAAAAUAACAUACAUUUGAAUUAAUUUACUUUUGAACUUUGAAAUAAAAACACAAUUCUACUAAAAUAAUUAACAUUCAAUACCAAUUUAAAAGAAUAUCGCAGUGAAAAGUGAAAAGUGUAGCGUUUAAGGAACACAUGAAAUGAAUUAAGAGGAAAAAAACAACAAUGAUAAGAAUACAAACAAAUUACUAAUCUGAAAUCAUUAAUGAUAGAGAGCUAAUUAGGAUAACGUAUUCCCCGAAUUAAGAAGAUUUAAAUAAACAAAUGAACAAUACCUUUGAAACGUGAAAAUGAAUUACAGUGCAGAAUAGUAUUAGGCGAGUAAGAAGUGUUCUUUCGAUUUUAGAAGUACAAUAACAAUGGAAAUUACUAAAAAAAAAUAAUAACAGAAAAAAUUAUACAGUACAUUUUAAGCAUUGAAUAUUCUAAUGUGUAAAAACAUUAUUGCCAACAAUUGUUUCCUCUUUUUUUGUUAUCCUAAUUCAUUCGAUUAAAGUUUUGGUGUUACACUAUAUCGUUCAACUAGAACCGAUUCUAUUCAAAUUACCAUUUGAUUUGCUUCUUUCUUUUUCAUUUGAAGUUAAUUGAAUUUUAAUCGAUAUUUGUUUUGCAAAUCGUUAACUUUUUUUCCAUUUGAUCAACUGAAACUCUGCGUUUAUUUGGCAAAAUGUUUUCACACGCAAAUACAACAACAAAAA